AUGUCCGGUCAUUUCUUUGACAACAAUACAAACCUAUUUGAAGACUAUAUGAACCAAAGUAGCACCGGUAGUAUACACUCACUAACCUCUAUUGAAUGGUCAAUUUAUAUGCUUGAAUUGGGUUAUUAUAUGCACGCAUUGUAUGCACUGUUGAUAUUGGAUGAAAACCUAAAAGAUUUCAAUGCAAUGCUUACACAUCAUCUGAUGGCUAUAACCAUAAUGACUGUGGCCUAUGCCAUACAGAUCGGAACAAUUGGAUCAGUUAUCUUAAUGUUUCACGACGGCACCGAUAUCCUGAUGGAAACAUCCAAAUGUCUCAAUUGUUUUCGACGUUUGUCCGGCACAUGGGGUCAAGUGACCGGUUUAUUGACUGUCGUAAUGUUUUUGCUAUUUUUUAUUUCAUGGAUAGUGUUUCGUCUCUAUCUAUUUCCGAUAACAAUACUCAAUGAAGUGACAAAAUCAGGUCCACAUCCGGCAAUAUUCUUACUAUUUCUCUUACAUUGGUUACUGUUAUCACUUAACAUCUAUUGGUUUAUAUUUAUUGUCAAAAUUUUAUUAAACAUUUCUGAUCCUAAAGAUGUCCGACAGCACAUCGAUUCAAUAGUCAUCAAAAACAAGAAACAAAUAUAA